CAGUAAUCUAUUCUUGACUUGUACGGACAUCUGCAUUUUCGAGCAUUUCGACUGUUGACAAAAGUCUACAACAGGUAACAGAAGGAUACAAUGGAUCUCAAGAAUAUAUGUAGGGCUGUGCUUUUCCCAGUUCAAAUGCUGUGUAGUAUACUCAAAGCAGGCUUGAGCCUGUUGCUUCCCUGUAAACGCAGGGACUUGAGUGGGGAUGUUGUAUUGAUAACCGGCGGUGGAAGGGGCAUUGGUCGUCACCUUGCGCACGAGUUUGCGAAACAAGGGGCGAGAAAGGUGAUCCUGUGGGGCCGCACAGAGAAGUGUCUUAAGGAGACCAGUGAAGAGAUCACACUGUUGGGAACGGAGUGCCACUACUUUGUGUGUGACGUGGGCAACCGAGAGGAAGUGUACCAGCAGGCCAAGAUCCUUAGGGAGAAGGUGGGUGAUGUCACUAUUCUGGUGAAUAAUGCGGCUGUGGUUCAUGGAAAGAGUCUGAUGAACAGCGAUGACGACGCUCUUCUGAAAACGCAGCACAUCAACACACUAGGCCAAUUCUGGACCACAAAGGCCUUCCUGCCCCGGAUGCUGGAGCUUUGCAACGGCCACGUGGUGUGCAUGAACUCCAUCCUCUCCAUAUCGGCCAUCCCCGGGGCUAUAGACUACUGCACCUCCAAGGCCUCCUCGCUGGCCUUCAUGGAGAGCCUGACGCUGGGCCUGCUGGACUGCCCCGGCGUGGGCUGCACCACCGUUCUGCCCUUCCACACCAACACAGAGAUGUUCCAGGGCAUGAGAGUCAGGUUCCCACAGCUCUUCCCUCCUCUGAAACCGGAGACGGUGGCCCAGCGCACUGUGGAGGGCGUCAGAAGUAAUAAAGCCUUCGUCCAUCUGCCUUGGACUAUGCAUAUCCUCAUCAUCCUCAAGAACCUCUUGCCUCUGUCCGCAUUGGAGGAGAUCCAGAGAUUCGCAGGGAGCUACACCUGCAUGAACACAUUCAAGGGGAGGACUUAGAGGGCGCUCAGCGGCGAUAGGCAAUCAAAGAAAACAAGACAUCAUGAGCAUGUGUGCACUGCAAGAAAAAAAUAAACAAUAAAAAACCCACAGAGUACACACACACUCACGUUUGAGCUCCACGGUGGCUCUGGCAGCUGAGGCCUUAACAUCACCAGAGCUGUUGUACCAUAUCCAACCAUAUCGUGUAUGUUAAAAGGGGUUCAUGAUCUUAGUUGCUAUCACCAGGAACUUUGAAGCUCUAGACUGAAUGGUACAUAUCCUUGGUCCACAUUUGAACUCCAAUGUGAUAUCCUGCUUCAGUCUGGGAUACUGUAUGGAGUGGCGGGUUAUCAAGAAAAAGUUGUGCCCACUAGACACCCGUGUCUGGGGUGGCUUGGGUUAUAUGUUGUAGAUUUUUAACAAAUUUUAACCAUUUUAUAAUAAAAUGCAUCUGAACGUGUUUGUUUGUUUGCACAUAAGUAAAUACAUCUCAUUUAUCAAUAUUGAUGCUAAUAUUGAAUAAAUACGGUAUUUAAUCCUGA